AUGAGGAGCCGAUUGCCCAGUGGCGGUUCAGUUGUACAUAUUCCUCACAAUUGCCGCGUACCGGCACUCGCCGUAUCUUUUCAUCACCAACAGCGGAGACACCGGUAUCAACGCCAGCAACAACACGAACACCAAAAGGAGGAGCAUUUGUGUGCCAGUGAGUCGAAUGGCGGGGACACGCCGGUGGGCAAUCCGCGGUGUCCGGCCUCUACAUAUGCCGGCGUGCGUGUCGGUUCGUACAUCUUGUCACCAGUCUUCGAGGAGUAUCAUUCUCUGUGGCAGUGGCGGACAGUGAUGUGGCGGGAGAAGCUCCAUGCCGUGCCCUUUCUUCUUUACUGUGCUCCUGGGGUUCCCCUGCGGCAUCCGUUUCUUCAUGGCACGCUUGUUGAAAGUAUCACCACACCAGCUGCUAAGGGCCGGCUGAGAGAAGGCGCAUCAGCUUCGAAGACAACGGAGUUUGGCGUGAAGCAACGCUACAUGUCACUGGCGGUGCCAUCACCCAUCGGAAUGCUGUCCCCAGCCACUUCCGGGACGUCGGCCUGUCACCCCGCCGCUAAGUGGGUCGAUGAGUUGUUUCAUUUUUUGGAACAGGGAGCGGCGCAGACGGCGGGGGUGCCGAAUUAUUUCUCCAGUACGUACACAGAUGUCUUCAAGAGCGGCGACGCGACAAUUCCCUCCCUGCGAGGGCAAACUGCUUGGAAAAAACAACACGACCAGAGCCGCAACACCGCCACCGCCACCGCCACGGAUUUGAAAGAAACUUCGGGUAGUGACAACAACGUUCAUCACAGUACGCAGCGCGUUUUGCACUCCAACUGGAGCGUUCCGUUGAAAAACCGAAACGUCAUUGGAUGUGGUCUAGCAGAAGUGGUGCUGGCCAUUGAUCGCUAUGCGGCGAUGUUGGCACGGCGUGAAAUCACUUACUCAAAGGCCUGCUGGGCGGUGCUUGUGGACAGCAAAGCCGACGUGCAGCCGUACCUGCGCAGCAGUGCUGUGGCCAUUGAGAAGGAACUCAUCGCGGCGACGGCGGCACAUGAGGCCGUGACGGCUGCGGUGGGCGAUCCUGCGAGACGGCCGCUUCUUAAGCUGGCGGAUUACCCUGCGCUCGCCCGCUGGUAG